AUGUCUUACGUUGGGGUGUAUAAGGCGGUAUAUGCCUAUUCUCCCGCUACCGAAGAAGAAUUGGCAAUUGAAGAAGGUGAUAUUCUUUAUGUCAUUGAAAAAUCAAACACUGACGAUUGGUGGAAAGUGAAGAAGAGAAUGGUUGGCUCAGACGUCGAGGAACCAAGCGGCCUCGUUCCUUCCACUUAUAUAGAACCAGCAGCAACUAUUGGCAGUGCUUCUGCUUUGUACGAUUAUACAAAACAAACCGAAGAGGAGUUAUCGUUCCACGAAGGCGAUCAUUUCCACGUUUACGAUACCAGUGAUGGUGAUUGGAUUUUGGUAUCUGAUGAUGCUGAAUCAUCAUUCGGGUUUGUUCCGGCAAAUUAUAUCGAGGUUUCCACUGGUGAAAAUUCUGCUCCUUCCAAUGCAAACAAAUCAUUGCCAGCUCAGCCAGUAAUCAAUACUAACAAUGCGGUGCUGCAAAUGUCAUCGUUUGCACCACCUCCAGCUCGCUACGAUAGGCAAGCCAUGGCCGAUAAGCUUUCCAGAGAAGCAUCUGAAAGCGAAGAAAGAGAACAUGCCAAAUCAAGGCAAUCCAUAAGCCGUCACUCUCGUAAUAGUUCCUAUGGCGAUGAUGAUUAUGAAUCUGCGGGUGAAUUGCCGCCUGAUAAGCCAAAAAGACCAAGUAACGCCAACAGAUCAUCGUCCUUGCAUAAUAAACGGGGUGACAGACAAAGAGUGACAAACGAUAGCGUUCCAAGAAUUGAUGACGAUGAUGAUUUGGAUAGAAAUAGAGAUAGAAAUCAAAAUGGAAACCUGGAUAUUUAUACCUGGAAUGUCGCUGAAGUUGAAGGAAAGAAAAAGAAGAAAUUAACUAUAGGAAUCGGAAAUGGUAAAAUUUAUUUCAGUCCAGAUCCUUCCAAUGAUGAUGAGCCAAGAAGUUGGUCAGCAGACAAGUUGAUUUCUUUUUCGUCCGAAAAAAAGCAUGUGUUUUUAGAUUUCAAAGGCCCUCCAGCCUCCAUCGAAAUUCAUGCUGGUUCUAAAGACAAAGCCAGAGAAAUCUUGUCGUUACUUGGAGAGGUCUCUGGGGCAAUUUCUACUGCGGCUUUAGAGGAAGUUAAAGCUGCUUCUAAACCUACUGCUAACGGUUAUAAAACUGGUCUGGUAUUGUACGAUUUCAAAGCUCAAAACAAAGAUGAACUCAAUGCUAAGGAUGGAGAUUUGGUUUAUAUUGUUAAUGAUAAAAAAUCUCCAGAUUGGUGGUUAGUGGAAAAUAUUGAUACUGGUAAACGAGGAGUUAUUCCAUCUACUUAUGUCAAUGUUGGCGGAGAAAAUAAGCGCUUUACUUUGGGUGACAUUGGCAAAAAAACCAAAGAUUCAAUGAAAAGCAAAAAAACAAAGGCAAGGGAAUUACAAGAGCUGAGGGAUAGGGAGCAUGAAAGAGAACGGGAAAGAAGAGAACGGGAAAAAGAACGGGAAAGAAGAGAACGGGAAAAGGAACGGGAAAAGGAACGGAACAGAGAACGGGAAAGAAGAGAACGGGAUAGAGAGCAUGAUAGAGAGUAUGAGGGAAGGGACCGUGAAAGAAGAAAGAAGGAAUCAAAAUCUACUAAAUCCAAAGCCAAGCCGAAUCCAAAUAAAAUUAGAACUUGGGUUGACAAAUCUGGAUCAUUUAAAGUUGAAGCUGAGUUCAUUGGUUGUGUGGAAGGUAAAAUCCAUUUGCAUAAAUCCAACGGUGUUAAAAUUGCAGUGGCAGCUGAUAAAUUGGCAUUGCCAGAUAUUGAAUAUGUCGAACGUGUUACUGGUUUCUCAUUAGAUAAUUACAAACCAAAGAAGAAAGAAAAAUCUUCGCGUUCCAAAGAAAAAGAAAGAAAGCCUUCAUCAUCCAAUAUCCCAUCCACAAAGCAAGAAGAAUAUGAUUGGUUUGAUUUCUUCCUUAAUUGUGGGGUUGAUUUGAAUCAAUGCCAACGCUACACCACCAAUUUUGAAAAAGAACAACUCGAUGAAAGUUCCCUUGAAGAUGUCACUCCUUCGCUAUUGCGUAACUUGGGCUGUAGGGAAGGAGAUAUUAUUAGGAUCAUGAAGUUUUUGGACAAUAAAUUCAACAGAAGCAAACCGGAAGUUGCUAGUGCUCCUGCUGCUGCUGCUGCCACUGUUCCUCCAGAAACCGCUCCUAGACCUCAACCUCCAAGAAUUGAUUCUAAGAAUUUGAAUGGUGUUACUGAUGACGAUGCCUGGACAAUCAAACCAUCGGUUGCCCAAACUGAAAAUAAACCAAAAUCGAUAUCUGCACCACCACCAACUACCACGUCUCAACCACAAAUCACUGGGUCAUUGCAAGACUUGGUUGAUCUUAAGCCAUUAGAUUCUAAUUACGUCGCCUCUGCUGACCCACUCAAGAACAAUACUGCAGUUCCUGCAAUUGCUCCAACCAAAACUGGAUCCUCCAUCCAACUAGGCCAGCAAAAAACUGGAUCAUCUUUAGUUAACCAACUUCUUUCUCAAAAGACUGGCUCUAGUAUUAAAUCACAACGUACUGGUUCUUUACAACCUCUUGAUCCAUUCAAAACCGGUGGCCAUAAUAUAUUACCAAUGGCCACUGGAGCCCCAAUCGUCAUGCCAAACGCUACUGGAGGUGCCUCGGUUUUCGUGCCAAUCCAAACUAUGCAACCGGUGUUGGUUGGUCAACCUACUGCCAAUUUCAACCCAGGAAAUGGUGCCUCCAUCAUGCCUUUACAACCGGCUAGGACCAAUAAUGGACCAGUGGUAUCGGUUACUACUGGUGGGGCCAUGCCACAAACCUCUUUUGGUACUGUGACCUCGAUCACCACUAGUAAUGGGGUUGUUUCUGUGACCACUGGUGGGGCCAUGCCACAAACCUCUUUUGGAUCAUUCCAACCACAACAAGUCACUGGAGGGGUGAUGCCAAUGAUGCAAACUGGCGGUGCUAUUCCAAUGAUGCAAACUGGUGGCGCUAUGCCAAUGGUGCAAACUGGAGGUGCUAUGCCAAUGAUGCAAACUGGAGGUGCUAUGCCAAUGACUUCUUUUGGUACCUUCCAACCACAGCAGCAGCAAGUCACUGGAGGAAUUAUGCCAAUGCAAAUGACUUCCAACGGGUUUCAACCGCAACAAAUGACUGGUGGAGCCAUGCCAACCACCUCAUUUGGGUCAUCGCCAUUUGGUCAACCACAACAACAACAACAAUUCCCACAAACCUCUUUCGGAAACCAAAUGAAUUCCAUGACCAAUAUGUUCCAGAAUACUUCACUCACCGGCCAGCAGCAACAACAACAACCAUCAGGAGUUGCUUCUUUGAACAUGUUGCAUAAUAUGCAAGCCCAACAACAACACCAACAACAAUUACAACAAGCACAGAUGACAGGAGCCCAAUUAUUCCAAAACCAAUUUGCCCCAUCGCAAACUGGGUUUGGUGGUCCUCAAACAUCAUUUGGUCAACCAUUAACUAGUUUUGGUCAGCCAACAACAACGUCAUUUGGAGCUCAACCACCAACCAGUUUUGGUGUUGGAGGAGUACAAACUGCAUCGCAACAAGCAUUCACUAAUAGUUUAAUGGGAAAUGAAGUCAAUAAUGGCUCAUCAACCGGAAACAAUAAUAUUUUUGGUAACAAUGGGCAAAUGUUGACAUCACAACCAACUGGGUUUGGGUUUGGUAAUGGACCAAAUUGA